AUGGAGGGAGAGAAUCUACUGAACUCCACCGUGAAUAGCACCGCGAUGGACAUCCACCCAGGGACUCACAACCUCUGGGAGGUGAUCACCAUCGCGACCGUGUCGGCGAUAGUCAGCCUCAUCACCAUCGUGGGCAAUGUCUUGGUGAUGCUCUCGUUUAAAGUCAACAGCCAGCUGAAGACGGUGAACAAUUACUACCUGCUGAGUCUGGCAGCUGCGGACCUCAUCAUAGGUGUUUUCUCCAUGAAUCUAUAUACCUCUUAUAUACUGAUGGGCUACUGGGCCUUGGGAAACCUCGCCUGUGACCUGUGGUUGGCUGUAGACUACGUAGCCAGUAAUGCGUCCGUCAUGAACUUGUUGGUGAUCAGUUUCGACAGAUAUUUCUCCAUCACCAGGCCUCUGACAUACAGGGCCAAAAGGACUCCUAAACGAGCGGGGAUUAUGAUAGGCUUAGCCUGGCUGGUGUCUCUCAUCCUGUGGGCUCCGCCGAUACUCUGCUGGCAGUACUUUGUGGGGAAACGGACAGUCCCGGAGAAGCAGUGCCAGAUCCAGUUUUUCUCAGAGCCCGUAAUAACCUUUGGGACAGCAAUUGCAGCCUUUUACAUCCCUGUGUCAGUCAUGACAAUCCUCUACUGUCGAAUCUACAAGGAGACGGAGAAGAGGACCAAGGACCUGGCUGAACUUCAGGGGAUUAACCAUAGCAAAGACUCUGGGGUCAGUCAGCCUCAGAAGACCAUUAUCCGAUCCUGUUUUAGCUAUAAAAAAACUUCCCAAGACAGAAACCAAGCCUCCUGGUCAUCUUCCAACAGGAGCAAUGCCACCAAAUCAGCGGCCAGCACAAAUGACGAGUGGUCCAGAGCUGGUCAGCUGACCACCUUCAACAGUUAUGCCUCCUCGGAUGACGAGGACAAGCCCGUUUCACCAGGAGGCUUCCAAGCCCCAGACAGGGACCAGGCCUGCGACACGAGCAAGAGCGGAGUGGGCAGUGAGAGCAAGCAGCUCGGCAGCUUCGACGAAGACAACUUCUUCCAGAUGCUGCCAAAAAGCAACUCUCAGAGGAGCGGCAAGUGCGUGUCGUACAAGUUCAAAGCCACGGCCAAAGACGCUCACGGCGAGCACCAGGGCAAGAACGGGGACGCCAAAAUGACGUCGUCGACGUUCUCCUCGGCCGAGUCCAUGAGCGCUCCGUCCACGUCCUCCGCGUCUAAACCCAUAGACGCCAUCCUGAAAAGCCAGAUCACCAAGCGGAAGAGGAUGGUGCUGAUCAAGGAGCGAAAGGCAGCUCAGACUCUGAGCGCCAUCUUGCUGGCGUUCAUCCUGACGUGGACGCCCUACAACAUCAUGGUGCUCAUUUCGACCUUCUGCUCGGACUGCAUCCCCCUCUCCCUGUGGCAUCUCGGCUACUGGCUGUGCUACGUCAACAGCACGGUUAAUCCCAUGUGCUACGCCCUGUGCAACAAGACCUUUCAGAAGACCUUUCGCAUGCUCUUGCUCUGUCAGUGGAAGAAGAAAAGGAUUGAGGAGAAACUGUACUGGUACGGACAGAAUCCCGUGGUCAGCUCCAAACUCACAUGAAUUAAUGCUUUCUGAGAUGAACGGUGACAGCAGUAAAUUGUCUGGAAUUCAUAUAUAUAUAUAUAUAUAUAU